CCUUAAAAAAAACCAAUUUUAUAGAGACUCACCGCAUUCGUCUCUUUCUUUCUUUCGAUCUCUUGCGAUCUCGCACGUGUGAACGAGCUCCGCCAUCUCAUGUGGCCGCCGUGGGCCAAGAACCCGAGCGGCAAGUCUCCGGCCGCCGCCACCACCACCACCACCACCAUCUCCUCCUGCUCGUCUCCUCUGGCCCGAUCCCACUCCUCCUUCUCCUUUAAAGACGUCCAAACCCUCAUCCACGGCGACGACACCGACGCCACCGCCCCUGGAUCCCCCUCGAUCUCCCGAGGCGCAGCCGUCUUCCACCGCGUGCGCGCCGCAUCAUCGGCUCUCCGCACCUGGCGCUCCAUCUGCUCGCCGGCUUCCGACCCUGGCCCCAACCGCAUCGUCCUCUACUUCACCUCUCUCCGCGUCAUCCGCAAGACCUUCGAAGACUGCCGCGCCGUGCGGUCCAUCCUCCGUGGCUUCCGCAUCGCGGUCGACGAGCGUGACCUCUCUAUGGACUCUUCCUUUCUCCAUGAACUCUCAUCGCUUCUCCGACAACGCCAACCCCCUUCUCUCCCCCGCAUCUUCAUCGCCGGCCGGUAUAUCGGUGGGGCAGACGAGAUCCGGCAGCUCCACGAGGCCGGCGAGCUUCGCCGCCUCGUCGAGGGAGCUCCACCGGCCGGUGCCACCUGUGACCGGUGCGGCGGAGCUAGCUUCGUUCUCUGCUGGGCGUGCAACGGGUCUCACAAGCGGUUCUCGGAGAAGGGCGGCUUCCGGAGCUGCGCCGCCUGCAACGAGAACGGCCUUGUUCGGUGCCCCGAUUGCUUAUUCUCAGCCGUUUGAUUCCCCAUCCGACGGCUGCCAUCUCGUUAGGUUUCCAGGUUUGUCUUUUUUUCAAAAGUAGGGGCAUUGUGGAAAUAUAUUUCUAAUUUUCAGGUCAAAA